AGAAGCACGGUAUCGCAGAACAAGAGGAGGUACAAGAAGCACGGGUUCGACCUGGACCUCACCUACAUUACCUCCCGCGUCAUCGCCAUGGGAACCCCCGCGUUCGGCAAGCACAGCUCCUACCGCAACGACAUCCACGUUGUCUCCCGCUUCAUGUCCCUGCGGCACUACGGCUGCUUCUUCAUCUUCAACCUCUGCGACACCUUCGUGUCCUCGGACGGGGUGACGGGCAACUACAACCCCAACAUGCUCUUCAACCAGGUCCAGCGAAUCCCGUUCGAGGACCACGGGCCCCCGCUCAUGUCGGAGAUGCUCCAGUUCUGCGAGGAGGCUCAGGUGUGGCUGCAGAAGGACCCGAGGAACGUGAUCGCAAUCCACUGUAAGGGAGGGAAGGGCCGCUCGGGCGUCAUGUCUUCCGCCAUCAUCCUAUGGAGCGGUCACAGGAAGUGCGCCGUCGAUGCGCUGGAGCUGUUCACCUUCAGGCGAACUGAAAAU